UGGAACUCCGUGGUCUUUGGCUGUUUCUGUGGGGUCUGUGGGCUCUGUAUUUCCAUCUCCAUGGGGCCACAGGCCCACAUGUGAGCACUUUAGAACACCAUGGCAGAGGGUAGUGAGCUGAUGAACAGGCUCAUGAGUGAGAAUGCAGACCUGAAGAAGCAGGUGCGCCUCCUGAAGGAGAACCAGAUGCUGAAACGGCUGCUUAGUGAGAGUUACCAGGAGAGCUGUGGCCGAGGGGUCCGGGACCCGCUUUUUCCCAAGGCCCCUACCUACCCUGAGGCCUGCUCCCCCGGGAAUGGAGGUCCAGAUUUUGGAAGGUUUUCCAGUGUCCCCGACACACCCUCUCAGUUACAGACAUCUUCCUUGGAGGACCUGCUAUGCUCACACGCCCCACUCUCCAGUGAGGAUGAGGCCUCCCCAGGCUGUGCAACCACCUCUCAGGUGCCUUUCAAGACCUUCCUCAGUCCUCCAGAACUACAGGCACGAAUUGCUGACAGGAAGAUGUCCCCACUCCUGAGUCCCUUGCAGGAUUCUCUGGCUGACAAAACCCUGCUUGAACCCAGGGAAAUCGUGAGGCCUAAGAAGGUGUGCUUCUCGGAGAGUAACCUGCCCACUGGGGAUAGGAGCAGGCGGACCUAUUACCUCAAUGAAAUCCAGAGUUUUGCCGGUGCGGAGAAGGAUGGCCGCAUUGUCGGGGAAAUUGCGUUCCAGCUUGACCGGCGGAUCUUGGCCUAUGUGUUCCCGGGGGUGACACGCCUUUAUGGCUUCACUGUAUCCAACAUCCCUGAGAAGAUCAAGCAGACAUCCAUCAAGUCCCUAGAUGGCUCCGUGGACGAGAAAAAGCUGCGUGAGCUGACACACCGCUAUCUAACUCUGACAGCCCGGUUGGAGAAGCUGGGGUACAGCCGUGACGUGCACCCGGUGUUCAGUGAGUUUCUCAUCAAUACCUACGGUAUCCUCAAGCAGCGUCCGGACUUGCGGGCCAACCCGCUUCACAGCAGCCCCGCAGCGCUGCGCAAGCUAGUCAUUGACAUUGUGCCCCCCAAGUUCCUGGGUGACUCCCUGCUGCUGCUAAACUGCUUGUGUGAGCUCUCCAAGGAGGACAGCAAGCCACUCUUCGCCUGGUGAGCCGCUCACCUCACCCUUCCUGCAAUAAACAUGUUUGUUCCAAACCCGGGGGCCACCCGCGUCCUCCCGCAUGGAAAGCUGUCUGCCCAGCUACAGUGGGGAGAGGCCUCCUCCAGGUCUGCGCUUGCCCUGUGCACCUAGAAGGUCUGGCCGCUCACAGUCGCAGGGCACCUGUUGCCUUAUUAAAAGCUUAUUUAUUUGUUUGCCUUA